AUGGGCCUAUUUAAAUCCCUCAGAGGCAAGAUUGAAGUUGGGACAGACAACCAAGGACAAGGACAAGAACGAGAAGAGUACUCAGUCUACUCAUCACCCUCUGGCCCACCACCAUCCCAUCGCAACCGAAACAGAGGAGCGGAAAACAAAGACCGUGACGACGACUUCACUCCACCAACAGGUCCACCGCCUUCGUACCGUGGUCAAGGUCAAGUCCACAAUAACGACGCCGAAGAAUACGUUCCUCCUACUGGACCCCCGCCGUCUCACAGUCGUAGAGCGGAAGACCAGUUCGUACCCCCAUCAGGCCCACCACCCUCCCACAACCGUCGCACGGAUGACGACUUCCUUCCCCCUCCAGGUCCCCCUCCUGCCUCUGGAUCAUCGAACGCGAAUCCCCCACCUUACCACGACUGGACCGUCAUCCCGGAUACCGCGCUACUCCCGCCCCCUCCUCCACUCCCCCAGGACUACUCCCCAACCAACAACGCGACGUACGACUCCGCCGCCCGGGCCCACGAAUGGUGCGCCCGCAACCCGGUAUACACGCCGUCGAACCCAUCUCAUGAGCUCCAAGUCCUCGUCAACGCCGGGCACAUCACGCUAGAAGCCCCGCCCGGCCCCUUGAAACGCCACGUGUCCACGUUCCGGCGGACCUCUCCCACGACGUGGCGCGUGGGCACGCAGAAGAACCAGCAGGACGCCAUCAUCUUGUCCUCCGUGCCUCUGUAUUUCGCAUGCGCGGAUAGCCCGCUGGUCACGGGCCGUUCCAAGACGACAUAUUUCCAAAUCCACAUCCAUCGGAUUCAGAAUGCCAACUCGGGCAUCGCGAUAGGGUACGCCGCGAGACCGUACCCGCCCUGGAGGUUGCCCGGGUGGCACCGCGCGAGCCUCGGCGUGCACGGCGACGAUGGACGACGGUUUGUCAAUGACCCGUGGGGAGGGCGCGAUUUCGUGGCGGCGUUCCGAGGAAACGAGACCAUCGGGAUCGGGAUGGAGUUUAAGGCGCAGGAAGUAGCUGGUCGGAGGGUGAAGACUAGGGUGUUCGUGACGAGGGAUGGGAGGGCCGAUGACCGGUGGGGUUGGGAAAUCGACGAGGAGAGGGACGAGCGAGACGAAGGCGUCGACGGCUUGAUGGGCGAGGGGGAUUUGUAUGCUGCUAUCGGAGUCUUCGGCGAAGUCGAGUUUGAGGUCACUUUCGGGGACAGCGUCAGGUAG